CGUAAUAAAAUGGCGUUCAGGAGUGUCAAAAACCUCUUGAGUUAUUAUAAAAUGAGGAGGCACUCUCUCAUUUCUCUCAGACAUAUAAGUCGUCACAUUCGCCAGCCAACCAACUACUCCCAUCCAGAGCUCCUUGGGAAAGAUGAACUUCUUCCUGGAAUAACAAAGAUGGAAUUUGCAAGAAGAAGGAGAAGAUUAAUGGAGGAGAUCAGCAAGACUCAUUCAGGGAUGACCAAUGCUAAUCAUGUGUUGAUCAUUCCGGCAUCAAAAGUACAAUACAUGUCACAAGAUAUAUUUUAUAGGUUUCAUCAAAAUAAUGAUUUCCUAUACUUCACUGGUUUUCAGGAACCCGAUGCUGUACUAAUUAUUGAGUCAAAUAGUUCUUCACCUCUUCCUGAUCAUAACACUGUACUAUAUGUCACUGAUAGAGACCCAUUUAGGGAGAAGUGGGAGGGACCUGUUUUAGGGCCUGAUGAUGCCGUUGAUUAUUUUGGCGUUGAUGAAGCAUACUCAAUAACAUUGCUAUCGGAACACUUGGAAAGAAAGUACUCAAAAGGUGGUUACUCUGUUUGGUAUUACGGUGAAAGAGAGACCCCAGCAACAAUCAGUGACUCCAUUGAUGUCACCAUACAUCAACACUUGUUAAAUGUACCAGGCUCUCGUAUAACCAGUAAUCACAGUCUCCUGUAUCACAUGCAUACAUUGAGGGCUAUAAAGUCUGAGGGUGAGAUAUCACUGAUGAGAAGAGCUGGAGAAAUUGCUGCCGGAGCUUUUAAAAAAGUGAUGUCACUGACAGUCCCAGGUAUGUAUGAGUAUCAAUUGGAGUCACACUUUGAGCACUACUGCCGAAUGAAUGGAGGGCAAAGAUUAGCAUUUGUACCUGUAGUAGCAGGUGGAGAGAGAGCCUGUCAUAUUCACUACACUACAAAUGAACUCAAAUUAAAUGAAGGAGAGUUAGUAUUAUUAGAUGGAGGUGUUGAGUAUUGUGGGUAUGUUAGUGAUAUUACACGUACUUGGCCUGUCAAUGGAAGGUUUACAGCUGCACAGAGGGACCUUUAUGAAGCUGUUUUGAGAGUGAAGGAAGCUUGUAUUAAAUGUUGUCAAGUUGGUGUAACACUAAAUUACAUUCACUCAGUCUCAAAAGAGUUGCUACAAGAAGAAUUGAAAAAAUUAGAAAUUUUACCUACUGAUCUAGAUGGACCAGAUUUAAUUCAAGCGCUCAACAGUUUGUAUCCUCACGAUAUUGGGCAUUAUUUAGGAAUGGACGUACAUGACACGCCCCUUCUGUCUCAUAAUGUGGUUCUUCAACCUGGUAUGGUAAUUACUGUAGAACCAGGUGUCUACGUUAGGAGGGACUUCCCCAUUAAAAACCACAUCAAAGCUAAAGAGUUUCUUGGAGCUGCUGUAAGAAUUGAAGAUGAUGUCCUCAUUACUUCUGAUGGACCUCAAGUACUGAACAAAGGGACACCUCAAACUGUUGAGGAAAUAAGUGUAAUAAUUAAUAAAUAAUUAAUUAAUAAUAAUAAUUAACUAUUGUAAAUUUAUAAUAAA